AUGGCAGAGGCGCACGAGAGGCCGCAGGCGAAGCUGGGCAGGGCUGCUGGGUGUCCCGUGGCCGUCUCUCUUUUGAAAGGCGGACAUUGGGAGAAAGAGGUGUGGGAUGGGAAGUAUGUCGGCAAGUUAUGGCUGGGCUGGGCUGCUGGGUGCCGUGUGGGCGUGUCCUUCCUGGAAGACAAGCAGAGGGAGAAGGAGGUGAGAUAUAAAGGUCUGUGCUGGGUGACUGUUGUUGGGUGCUCUCGGAUCAGUCUCACGUUAGUCUCACGUCAGUCUCAGUCAGCGAGUCUCACGUCAGUCUCAGUCAGCGAGUCUCACGUCAGUCUCAGUCAGCGAGUCUCACGUCAGUCUCAGUCAGCGAGUCUCACGUCAGUCUCAGUCAGCGAGUCUCACGUCAGUCUCAGUCAGCGAGUCUCACGUCAGUCUCAGUCAGCGAGUCUCACGUCAGUCUCAGUCAGCGAGUCUCACGUCAGUCUCAGUCAGCGAGUCUCACGUCAGUCUCAGUCAGUGAGUCUCACGUCAGUCUCAGUCAGCGAGUCUCACGUCAGUCUCAGUCAGCGAGUCUCACGUCAGUCUCAGUCAGCCAGUCUCACGUCAGUCUCAGUCAGCGAGUCUCACAUCAGUCUCAGUCAGCGAGUCUCACGUCAGUCUCAGUCAGCGAGUCUCACGUCAGUCUCAGUCAGCGAGUCUCACGUCAGUCUCAGUCAGCGAGUCUCACGUCAGUCUCAGUCAGCGAGUCUCACGUCAGUCUCAGUCAGCGAGUCUCACGUCAGUCUCAGUCAGCGAGUCUCACGUCAGUCUCAGUCAGCGAGUCUCAGACGCCAGGAGAUCCACACUCUUGCACUUUUAUGCUCCUCCCUUUUCUCCCCCCGCUCCCAAUCCCGCUCCCCGCCCUCCUCACUCGUCCUCCGCAGCAUGGAAGGGCGCUACAGCGUGCACCUCUCCCCGCCCUGCCUCCUUUUCUCUUCCUCAUUGUGUCUUUCUCCUUCCCACCCCAAUACUCCACCGGAAACCCCACAGUUUCCACCUCUUCAGCGCAUCAUGGUGGGGCGCUAUGUGUUAAAGCACUCCUUGCUUGCUUACCUUUCGUGCCAUGCUUUUUCCUCCCUCCCUCCCUCCUCUGCAUUUUCCCCUUAA